AUGGCAAACACACGGGACCACGUCUCUCAGGAUGAUGAUCUGUCUUUCUCCAUGAAUGCGAGUCUGAUCGAGAUGCGACAAGGUGGGAACGAGACGCCUUCGGAGACGGGGUCCAUGUCGUCGUCGUCGACGUCGUCCUCCACUAGCACGACGACCUUGGCCAGCAACGCUGCCAGUGUUCGAGCGUCUACGGCCGAUCUCCUCGAAGAAGCGUCGAUCAAAGACCCUCUGCGCUUGUCCAUCAGUAGCAUUAGUUCGUCCUCUUCGGUUGCGACCCCCUCGUCCUCGGCUUCAACGCGGUCCCCACUGCCCGAGAGCAUGUUACAGCUCGGCUUCGAUGGCACCGCGCCUGGCACUAGCACCACCAGCCUCAACGGCGAUCGGGAUCACGCCGACCGAGGCACCGAGUCAUCCAUCAUCGAAUCCUCGCAGUCGCCCAUCGAAGCUCGCUCGAGCGAUCAAGACAUCACCCCGAUGGUAUCGAUGAAUGUGAAUGAUGAUGACCCAUUCAACACGACACUGUUCCCUUCUGCGACGGUCGCCCCUGACGAAUAUUUGCCGGCCUCGGCAAGCUCGGCUCUCUCGAGCCACCCCGACCACGUCCCGGACUCCACGAGGACGUCUUACCCCUUGGCGCAAGCGCUCUUGCAUCGACACCAUCGACGACAGGCGAGUGCCGCGAUGAGCGACGGCGACGAUACGACGAGCAUCGCGAGUACGAACGGCAGCCUCAACAGCGAGUUCGAGCACCUCGGCGGGGCGCACAUGCUCGUCAUGCCUUCGAUGCGACUCUCGGGACCCCACAGCGCUACCACGUACGGCUCGAGCGAGUCGACUGUCUCGACAUAUCACUCGAACGAGCAUGAUGAAGGGGGGAGGAUCACCUCGCAUGCUCUGUCCUCCCACGAUCGCCACCAAGCGACCAAGCUGCUCAUUCUCGGCAAAUCGGUCGAACAUCGCGCCACGUUGGCGAGGCUGCUGGGGAUGGCGUCUCUCCCGAUCGCACACAACACCGCCAGUCAUACACCUCAACGAACGGAUUCGCAACUCGACUCGAUGGCGAGCUCGUUUUGGUCCAUCCGAACGUCCGAGCACGGGGGCGCGCACACGAGAUCGUCGACGCGUCAGAGCCAUCCCUGGGCCUGCGAUCUCGAUACACUCGAAGCUCUUUCCCACCGAUCCCAGUUUUGCGAGUUUUCCCACCCUUCGAGCGACGACAACAUGCGUGAGCUCGUCGAGAACGUCGCGCGGUCGAUUACGAUCUCGUUGGAAGGUAUGGAGGCUUUGAUCAAUCCGACGCAGGCUCGGAGCGAGGAAUUGGUCGAACUUGUGAUGCGCAUUGGGACGAGUCACUUCGAGGCGUGUUUGGUGUUGUUUUCUUCUCGUGAGUUGUCGGGAUAUAUGCGAUGGUGGACAAUCUCUGGUGAUCCGGAACUGACGGUGAGCAUUUCCUACAAAUAGCCCCUAACUCGGCCGAGAUCGCACUCGCGCGAAUUGUCGCUCAAGUCAUCCCGGUGUUCCCAAUUCUGGUCCUCCCACCAGCCCCCGUACCCACGAAACCCUUGAAGACGUCCGCGCUCGUUGAAGCCGUCGUCGCACAACUUGACUCGGCCGGAGUAAGAUGGACCGCUGCGCUGGACCAUCAAAUCGGUGGUACUGUGCGUGGCCGAGCUACUGCCAAGCGCGGGCCAUCGCCGCUCUACCUUUUGCCGCACGAGCUCUUUACGGAAAAGGCGUCCCAGGAUCUGAACGCACCCGCUUCUGCGACCCAUGGAACUGCACCACCUUCGCCGACCUUCACGGCAACAAGUUCGAAUGGAUCAGCACCGGACGGAUGGUCUUCGUCGGGCUCCCGCUCGUCUUCACCUGCGACUAUGACGGCUGAUCUGGCUAGGUUGAGGACGCUCGUCGGGACGGCGGGUAUGCGCGAUCGAAUUCGCCGGGCCAAUGCACUUGCUUUCCUCGAUUGGAGGGACAUUGAAAUCGCUGCCGUGGGGGACACCAAAGCCGUUUCCCCUGUGUCCGACGAUGGUGUGGGCCAAGACGCCGGUUCCACUCUAGAUACGCCAAGUAGUGAGACUGGGGCCCCUCCGAGUCGUCAAGAUAUCAAGGCUCGUCGAGAUAGCCUCGAGUUCUCGCGUCGCGUCGCCGAAAGAAGAAUGCACCUCACGUCAACCGCCAAACGAGGAGUAACGGGAACCCGACUGUCGCCGAUCUGGGCAGAUUUGGGCGUCAGCUCGGGGGUGUUCGCAGCGUGCGGAACAAGUUCGAACGAGGAUGUCACGCCGUGUGACCCGAUGUCGGGUUCGGUCUCGUCGCUCGGUUCGUCGAGUGAGGGAGCUGCACAAGCGCUGGCGAGCACGAGCGUCCUCGAGCCCGAUACGCCAAAGUGUGUUUCGAGGUCUCUACCCACUUUCACUUCGCCCACAGUGGGUACGCUGGAUCCGGGUCACACUGCGUCACCACAAGCUGCGCCUUCUGGGCACCCUGCGAACCCCGCUCGAGCGAGGGCUAGUAAUGGCAGCUCGAAGACGAAUGCAUAUGUUUCGGAUCAACUUCCCUCGCCGUUCGAUCCUUUCCACCUCCCCGCAUUGCUGCAUCUCGUCGGCCUCAACCUACGUCUCUCGUUGAUACCAUGGCCAAUGCAAGCCGCUCAACUCUCGUCCGAAGACGUGGAAAAGCAAAGCUCGUCACCCGCUCGGCACCAUCACUCUCACGGUUAUCCCUCAUCCGCCUCCCUAGGCGUUCGAAGUUGGAUGAGCACGGCCGUCAUCGUCGGCGCCGUAUUCCUCGCCGGUUUCUUCUGCGGCAUCGGCGUCUCGACCCCUCUCGCCAACGCGAGGGUGCUCUCCCUCGGUAUGACGGGUUCCAUCGGUUCACCGGCGACGAUUCGAGGUGCUUGUCGUAGCUUUUAG